UCCCUGAGCUGCGGUUGAGUCGGAGAGUCCAUCGUCCAUCGUGGCUCCCCACAUCACCUCUCCUCAUCCCUGGCAGUGGCCGCUCCUUUUGCUUGCCUGCUCCCCUACUCUUAAUCUCUUAGCCUCUUAUCUUCCUCGGCCCCUCCAGCCCCUGCCCGGGCUCAUUAUUGACGGACGUUUUUUCCCCCCGUGUGUAAAUAUGCUCGCCUUCGCAGCCUGAACGUGUUUUCGAAUCUCGUUCCGGAAGCUCGGCUCGUGCUGCUGCUGAGACUUUUUCUCCAAUUCGCGCCCCCCCUGCCUCUCACCACUUCUAACCCCCUCUCCUGCCUCGCGUCCUGCGAGUCCGGAAUUCCCCUCCGUCGUUGCGCGAGACAUUCCCCCCACCAUCCUGUUAGAGCCUCGCGACCAUGGUCGCUGGCAUCAGCAAACGGCAGCAGUUCCGCAAUGAGCGGGCGCUGCAGGACCUCAUCCGGUCGGUUCCUGGCAAUGAUCGCUGUGCCGAUUGCCAAGCUUUGAAUCCAGGAUGGGCUAGUUGGAACUUGGGAAUCUUCAUCUGUAUGCGAUGCGCAUCGCUGCAUCGCAAGCUGGGCACCCAUAUCUCCAAGGUCAAGUCCUUGAGUAUGGACACAUGGUCGGACGACCAGGUCGAUAAUAUGAAAUCGCACGGAAACAACAUCAUGAACAAGAUCUACAACCCCAGGAACGUCAAGCCACCUGUUCCGACCGACGUCGACGAGUCCGAUGCAUGCAUGGAACGUUUCAUUCGGCAGAAAUACCAGCAUCGCUCCCUGGACGAGAAACAAAAGCCACCCAGUCGUCAUGAUUCAGGCUAUGAUAGGUCUCUGAGGGAGGACCGGUCUCCGGAAGGCUCUCCUCCUCCCCUACCUCCCAAGCCUGCGAGGCCUUUUGGCUUCGGGCUCCGAUCCGCCUCAUCCGCGACCAACCUCAACCGGAUGUCCAAUCGAGGCUCCGCAGCCUCUCCCCAGUCGGAUACAUUCGGAUCGGGCUCACCGGGAGCAUCGGUGAGGAAAGCUUCGGGUGAUGCGUCCUUUGACUCGAAGUUGGCGGCCUUGAGGGAUAUGGGGUUCACGAACGAGCGCCGGAACGCAAUCGCCCUCCGAGAGCUGCACGGGAACCUGGACAAAACCAUCGAGACACUGGUGAGGCUGGGAGAGGGCAACGGAUCGGUGUCGAUCUCAAAGACUCCAGCUGCUCAACCCACCCCGGAUGCUUCCAAAUCUGCCAAUCCGUUCGAUCAAUUGGACGCCAGGCCUCCUCCCCAACCAAAUGCGAAUUUCAACCCUUUUGAUGCACCGAUACAGCCACAGCUGCAGGCCCAACAGGCUCCGGUGCAAUCACUCGAGCAGUCCUUCCAGAACCUACAAGUCGCUCAGCCUUUGUUCCCGCACUCCACCGGAGGCUAUCCGAUGCGGCAGGCUUCACUUCCUCAACCUCUCUACCAGCAGGCGGCCACACCACCCGUCCCCGCAAAUUUCGCCCAGAACCCAUAUGUCUCUUCUCCGCAGCCAUUAGACGGUGGCCACAAUCCUUUCUUCCAGACCGGAGCUCAGCCGCAGGCCAGCUUGACCCCUCCAGCCCCCAAUCCGAACCCCAAUGUCGCCCAGACAAAUCCCUUCUUUAGUCAAGUCGCACCGCAGUCAUCCGCGAUGCAGCCACCGCAAACCCAGGCCCCGGCUGCUACGUCAGUCUCCCCAUUCGGUCCACUCCGACACGCAAACACCAUGCCCGUUAUGCCGUCCACAUCGCCUUUCAGCCAGCCUUCGCCUUUCCAGUCACAGCUCCAGGCGCAGGCUCAGGCUCAGGCGCAGGUGCAGGUGCAGCCGCAGCAGCAGCAGCCCCAGGCGCAACCGCAACCGCAGUUCCAGAUGCAGCAAACCCUCCAACAACCUCAGGGCUCCCUCAACCCCUACCAGACCAUGACCGCACCCGCUACACCUCAGCAUCCAGGGUACGCGACGCAACCCCAGUUCGGAUACCAAGCAUCUGCGCAGUAUCUCCGCUCGCAGCCUACCGGCCGCGUCGACAAGAACAGUAUCCUCUCUCUCUACCAACUCUCCCCCCAACCGCCCUCUAUCCCCGAACAAUCGCAAUACCAACCCUCUAUGGGCUUGAACCCGAUGGCCGGACCCACAACUACCCAGACCAGCCAACCCGCACCCUUCAAUACUCAACCCCAACAACCCUCCCCCUUUACCGCUAUGCCCCAACAACAGCAGCAGGCUCCCACAGACCCCCAAGCGGGAGCCCGCAAUCCCUUCUUCACCACCCAACCGGGAGCUCCUGCCCCUGCUCCCGCAGCGGCCGCACCUUACAGGCCCGCCGCACAGGCACCGCAGCAACCGACGGCGACCUACGCAAUGCCCAACAAACCCACCGGUGGGUUCCCCCGAGGCCAUAUGAGCCAGCAAAGCGUCGACAUCAAUGGCUUCCAGAGCGGAAGACACAGUCCCGAUGCAUUUGCCAGUCUGAGUGCACGAUAUGGAUAGUUCCCUUAUCAAUUCUGGAAUCCAUUCAAUAUUUAUUCCACCUUACAGAUUCUUUUCACUUUUCUCCUCUUCCUUUUUUUUGUCUUGUUUAUAUAUAGUUCGGAUCUACUGUUCCAUUAGUCCCUUCGGGCGAGUGUACAGUACCAAAGAUGUUGCAUCCUUGGCGGCGUUUUAACGGUGGGUACAUAUUCCUUCCUGUCUGUCUAGUAUCUCCUACUGCCGAGACUCUGUUGAGAUUUCCG